AUGCUCAAGUCCACCUAUACCCCUCCCCCUCCACUACCACCAGGUUGGACCGAGCAUAGAGCUCCUUCGGGCCACUUGUAUUAUUAUAACUCGCAAACAAAACAAUCCACCUAUACUAGACCUCAGGCAUCUGCCGCUCCACCCCAACCUCAAUCGGCCCCGUCUGCACCCGAUACCACUCACAACAAUCCUUAUCUCACUCCGGAUACUUUACCUCCAUUUUCCUCGACGCCUUAUGCACCUCAGGGUUUGGGGUUCGGCACGUCUAUUCAAGCAACAUCUCAACACGGUCAAAAUCGGGGCGGCUUUCGUGGAGGAAGAGGCUAUCACGAUCGCAGGAAUAGAGGACCGGAAGAUAGGCCGAAAUCGAAACAUGCCCUACCCAGCUGUGCACCCUGGGUACUUGUUGAAACCAAAUUGGGAAGGAGAUUUGUCCACAACCCUGAAACAAAGGAAAGUUUUUGGAAAAUUCCACCGGAGGUAUUGAAAGGAGUCGUGGAGUACGACCGUAUACAGAGAGAGAGAAAAGAAAAGGCGGAGCGCAGUGAAGACAUCGAUGACGAGAGUUCCGUACUUGAAAGGGAAACUGAAACAUCUGGUAAACAGCAUCAUGAGCAGAAAGGAAUCACCCCGGCUGCAUAUGCAGGUGAAGAAAGCGAUGAAUAUGAGGAAGUCGAAGUUACAGAUAGCGAAGGUGAAGAUGCGGAGGAUCAUCCUUCCAAACGACCGAAAACAGAGGGCGAAGAUGGCCAACAACAACCCUUGGAGUUCACGGAAGAAGAUAUCGAGUAUCAACUGGCCGCUAUGGGUGAAGAAUAUGGCCUUGAUCCCGGCGAAUAUGGUGAACCAGGCGAAGAUGGCUGGGAAGAAGGUGCUGAGGGACUACCACUCACAGAAGAAGACGCAACUGCUCUGUUCCGUGACCUUCUUGAUGAUUACCACAUUAACCCGUAUGCAACCUGGGAGAAGAUUAUUGAAGAGGGCCGGAUUAUAGAGGACUCUCGUUACACCGCGCUUCCGAAUAUGAGGUCACGUAGGGAAGUUUGGUCUCAUUGGAGCCGUGACCGGAUCCAAGUGCUUAAGGAACAGAAAGAGAGACAAGAGAAAAAGGACCCGCGCAUCAAAUAUCUAGCUUUCCUUGAAGCGCACGCUACCCCCAAGCUAUAUUGGCCGGAAUUCAAACGCAAGUAUCGCAAGGAGGCCGAAAUGAAAGACUCUCAGCUGUCCGAUAAGGACCGAGAGAAAUUCUAUCGCGACUUAAUGUCGCGGUUAAAACAGCCGGAAAGCACUCGCAAGUCCGAACUCUCCGCCUUGCUGAAGUCCGUCCCCCUGCAUGAUUUAAAUCGCUCGUCGAGCCUGGAAGCUCUCCCUCCAACUAUCAUUACCGAUAUCAGAUAUAUCUCUCUGCCUGCGAAGUUCUUCACGUUUGUGUUUCAAUCGUCUAACCCGCUCCUCUAG